AUGCCUGGAGAAGUUAUUGAUAAGCCAAAUCCGAAGCCUUUGCCUUCUCACCUUCCCGAGUCUCUCGAUGAGUUGGGGAUUCAGCUGGACGUGAGACCGUUAGACAAAAAUGCCAUUGAUUCCCUGGCCAAGUUCCGUCGGGCUGCGAACUAUAUCGCGGCAGCGAUGAUAUUUCUCCGAGACAAUGCGUAUUUAAAACGCAAGUUGACUUUUGACGAUAUCAAGCCCCGGUUGUUGGGUCACUGGGGAACCUGUCCCGGUAUAAAUUUUGUUUAUUCUCACCUCAGCUAUCUGAUCUGCGAAUAUGACCUUGAUAUGCUGGCUGUUAUCGGCCCUGGCCAUGGAGCGCCCGCAAUCCUGGCUUCUCUUUGGUUAGAAAGAUCUCUGGAAAAAUUCUACCCCGAUUAUUCACGAGAUACGAGUGGCCUUACCAAAUUAAUUACGACGUUUAGCACCACGGGUGGUUUUCCAAGUCACAUCAAUGCGGAAACUCCAGGUGCAAUACAUGAGGGGGGCGAACUUGGCUAUGCUUUGGCGGUCUCCUUCGGUGCGGUAAUGGACAAGCCAGACAUGAUCGUUACUUGCAUCGUAGGAGAUGGCGAGGCUGAGAGUGGGCCAUGUACCGCGAGUUGGCAUUCCUACAAAUUUAUUGAUCCUGCAGAGUCUGGUGCGGUAAUACCAAUUCUCCAUCUCAAUGGAUUCAAAAUAAGCGAGCGCACGAUAUACGGGUGCAUGGAUGAUAAGGAACUUCUUGCGCUAUUCUCGGGUUUCGGCUAUCAACCUGUAAUUGUUGGGGAUCUAGAUAAUAUUGACUCCGAAUUUAACAGCGCGCUACGUUGGACUGUGACCGAGAUACGAAAGAUCCAAAAAGCCGCACGGUCCGGUAAUCCGAUUGUCAAACCGCGAUGGCCCAUGAUUAUUCUUCGGACGCCAAAGGGUUGGACGGGCCCGAAAAAAAUUCACGGAAAAAUCGUGGAAGGCUCCUUUCACGCGCAUCAAGUUCCUCUUCCCGCUGCAAAGAAGGACGACGAAGAAUUAAACGCAUUACAAGAUUGGUUGUCAUCCUAUCGCCCAAAUGAACUCUUUCAAGAGAAUGGGGACAUGAUUGAGGAGAUUAAGACCAUCCUCCCGAAAGAACAUUCAAAAAGGAUGGGCCAGCGACCGGAAGCCUACAAGGAACUAGCAACAGUUAACUUACCGGACUGGAAGCAGUUUGCUGCAGAAAAAGGUUCAAAUGAGAGUUCAAUGAAAACUAUAGGGGGUCUCAUUGACAAAUUGUUUGUGGACAACCCCCAUAGUGCGCGGUUAUUCAGUCCAGAUGAACUUGAAAGCAAUAAACUUGAUCAAGCCCUGGCUCAUACAAAUCGAAACUUUCAAUGUGAUCAAUUCUCCAAUGCAAAAGGUGGCCGAGUCAUUGAAGUGCUCAGCGAGCAUAUGUGUCAAGGGUUCCUUCAAGGGUACACUCUGACAGGAAGGCUUGGUAUCUUUCCAUCAUAUGAAAGUUUCCUUGGAAUUAUUCAUACCAUGAUGGUGCAGUAUUCCAAGUUCAAUAAAAUGGCCCGGGAAACAACAUGGCAUAGGGACUUAUACAGCCUGAACUAUAUCGAGACGAGUACAUGGACUCGUCAAGAGCAUAACGGGUUUUCCCACCAGAAUCCAUCAUUCAUUGGGGCUGUGAUGAAUCUAAAACCGGACUAUGCGCGCGUCUACCUUCCACCAGACGCGAAUACGUUUCUUUCCACAUUGUCUCAUUGCUUGAAGUCAAAGAAUUACGUUAACCUAAUGAUUGGGUCUAAACAGCCCACGCCCGUUUACUUGAGCCCCGAAGAAGCAGAAAAUCACUGUCGAGCAGGAGGCUCCGUGUGGAAAUUCGCCAGCACAGAUGAUGGCUUGGACCCGGAUGUCACUAUCGUCGGGAUUGGAACAGAACUUACGUUCGAAGUUAUCCAAGCCGCGUCUAUAUUGAGGAAGCGCGUCCCGGAACUACGUGUUCGCGUGGUCAACGUGACAGAUCUCAUGAUCCUUGGAGUGGAAAACAGACAUCCACAUUCCCUUUCUGAUGAGGCAUUCGAUGCGCUCUUCACCCCAGAUCUACCUGUACACUUCAACUACCACGGCUAUGAGACCGAGUUGAAGGGGUUAUUGUUUGGAAGGCCAAAACUGCAACGUGUGAGCAUCGCUUCAUACAAGGAAGAAGGCAGCACUACAACGCCGUUUAAUAUGAUGUUGGUCAAUGGAGUUUCGCGCUUCCAUGUUGCCAAAGCCGCCGUCAGGGGAGGCUCAGUUCGAAAUGAGAGAGUGAGGCUUAGGCAGCAGGAGCUCGUCACUGCUUUUGAUCAUGAGAUCCAUGCAACUUCCAAGUAUAUCCUCGAGAACCAGAAAGACCCAGAUGAUAUGUAUGAUAUGCCCAAAUUCGACUAG